AUGACUUCAUUUAUCCAUGGUGGUCCCAUGAACAUUGAUGCUCGGCAGUGGUCGUCUUAUGAAGCUGCAAGAUCGUACUUUUCUUUAGUCCUCGAGCUCAGCUACAAGAAUUCGAUCUCCGCCGACAAGUCGUACAGAGUCAGGGAUUUUGAAAAAAGGAACUCAAAAGGCUUUGAGCCGGCUGGAGUACUAGCAGGCGCUAGAUGAACUCAACCAACUCAAUGAACUCAAUGAGAGGCAUUGAACCGGCUGUAGUACUAGAAGGCGCUAUAGAAAUCAACCAACUCAAUGAACUCAAUGACCCCCACAGGUACCGCGUAGUCCCCAGCUAUGACGUCAGCACUAAACACCAGUCAUGUACCGAACAGCAGCAGCAGCAGUAUCGGCACGAGCUAAUCCUUGCCACGCUAUUGGGUACACUCGUAACUUUCCUAAUAGCACUAUGCGUAAAACGCCGCAGAUCAGCUCCUUGUCCAGUGGAUAAUCCCCGAGAUGACUUUUAUGAUAUGAAUAAAUGGUCUUCAGCACCAAACCUUAUGAUGUACACAAAAUCACGGGGAUGUGGUUCCUUCCCUGUGGGUCAACCGAUUCCGAAGUCGUUUCUACAAUCCUGUCACUCUCCCUCUAUCCCUCAACCCUCUCCCUUAAUUCCUCAACCCUCUCACUCUUCCUCUAUCCACCAACCCUCUCACUCUCCUUCUAUCCCUGAACAUUAUCACUCUCCCUCCCUCUGGAAACCCUUAUACCAAGGAUUACCGGAAUGUAAUUCCUUCCCUGUGAGUCAACCAAUUCCGAAGUCUUUUCGACAAUUCUGUCACUCUCGCUCUAUCCCUGAACCUUCUCCCUCCAUCCCUCAACCCUCUCCCUUAAUUCCUCAACCCUCUCAUUCUCCUUCUAUCUACCAACCCUCUUACUCUCAUUCUCUCCGCCAACCCUCUCCUUCUCCCUCUAUCCCUGCAUCCUCUCCCUCACAUGAUCGGGACCAACCAAGCAUCACCGAACCUCAAGUUACACAGGAACUUUCCACAUGUGACGUGGAACAGCCACGUGACAGCACACGUGACAGCACACGUGACAGCACACGUGCUCAGCACAACGAAGGGCACCCAAAUGUGCCUAGGCCGUCAGAUCCCGCUCAAUGCACAUUCUCUAAGUGAUACAUCUGAACAUUUUCGAAUCUCAUCACCUCUGCCUUCCUCAUCACUAAACAUUGCCAUGUACCCGGUCGCGUGCUGUGGAAAUGCCCCAUGGAAGUCACUGCCUGGCCACCUUCUGCAGCAUCUUCAGAAGUUGAAAGACCUUGUUUAACGAAUCAAGUGUAUCAUAAACCAGCAUUCCUGUAACUCACAGUUGUUCUGGGCUCACACACACCAUCAUUAGUAGAGUGAUCCUGUAAUUCUCUAAAGCCGAUUCAAAUACUCACUUUAUUCUCAUGCUUUAACGUUAGAAGCUGCAUCUGUGCCUUGAUCCAUACAGGGUGAUAGCAUUCCUACGAAUGCGGCAAUUUGGUCUCCAGAUUAGUAUCACGCGAACUGUGAUUAUAGUCUCUGCAUAAUUCUCAUGGAUGCACCGGAUGGGACUUUUGGUCUUUGACCACUGAGUGUUGGGUCCGAUCUAUUCACCUCCAACCGCUUCAGAAGCUACAUCAGCGCCUUCAUCCUUCAGGGUGAUGGCGUUCCUACACAUGCGGAAACCUCAGUCGGUAACUGAGUAUAACUCUAACAGUAAAAUAGUUAUCCCCAUUCUCCUCUUCUUGCACAUUCUCAAUCUGAGGGCUCUUCUGUGCAAGUUCUCACUCUUUCCACUUUUAUCUUCUAGUUUCUAAUAAUGUACUCUUGUUCCUUUUUUAUUCACUGGAUCUCAACAUCGUAAGGUAAAAAAAUAGUUUCUGUCCGUCUGUCUGUCAAUAACGCCGUAUGUCGUCUCCAUUAUCGCCCUUGAAAUUUAUAAAAGUUUUCGCAAUACA